UGCAUGUGUGCUGCUGCUGCCAUGGCAACUGUGGCUCCUCCCCUCGCAUUUCUUCUCCUGCUGCUUCAGCUGGCUGAUGGCUCAUUCCCAGAGGAGCCUGGUCCUCUCAGCUACAUCCCUGUAGAGGUGGUCAGGAGGUAUCCAGUGUUCCUGGGCAGAGCUCAUCGUUUGGCUCAGAGACAGGAGCUGCACAUCCAGACGGUCCUCCAAGUCAACCGCACUCUUUACAUAGGAGCCAGAGAUGACUUAUACAGAGUGGAGCUGGACAACAUGGUGGGAGAGGAGAUGUUUUACAGCAAGAAACGGACCUGGGAGUCCAAUAAGAAUGAUAUCCGAGUGUGUCGGAUGAAGGGCAAACAUGAGGGAGAGUGUCGGAAUUUCAUCAAGGUGCUGCUCAGGCAACAUGGAGGCCUGUUUGUCUGUGGAACAAAUGCCUUCAACCCUCUGUGUGCCAACUACACUCGGGACUCUCUAGAGAUGGUCGGCGAGCCCAUCAGUGGAAUGGCACGAUGCCCGUAUGACCCACGACAUGCCAAUGUGGCAUUGUUUGCAGAUGGAAGUCUUUUUACCGGCACAGUGACAGAUUUCCUGGCCAUCGAUGCAGUGAUCUAUCGCAGCCUCGGCGACAGCCCUGCGCUCCGCACAGUCAAGCAUGACUCCAAAUGGUUCAGAGAGCCCUACUUUGUAAGCGCCAUGGAGUGGGGGCCUCAUAUUUAUUUCUUCUUCAGAGAAAUGGCGAUGGAGUUUCAUCACCUAGAAAAGGUGAUGGUAUCUCGUGUGGCGCGCGUCUGUAAAUCAGACCUGGGCGGCUCUCAGCGCGUCCUCGAGAAACAAUGGACUACGUUUCUAAAAGCUCGGCUCAACUGCUCCAUCCCGGGAGACUCACACUUUUACUUCAACCUCCUGCAUGCCACAAGUGACAUCAUCCACAUGCAGGGACGAGACGUCAUCCUGGGUCUCUUCUCUACACCCCCAAACAGCAUCCCUGGUUCUGCAGUUUGUGUGUUUGACAUGCAGCAGCUCGCUCAUGUUUUUGAGGGCCGGUUUAAAGAGCAAAAGUCCCCCGAGUCCAUUUGGACACCUGUUCCAGACGAGGCAGUGCCUAAACCAAGGCCGGGAGGAUGCGCCGUGCAGGGAUCGAGAUUUAGCACCUCGACCACACUGCCUGACGAGGUGCUGAACUUUGUGAAGACCCACCCUCUCAUGGAUGAAACUGUCCCACUGCUGGGACAUAGACCCUGGGUGGUCAAGACAAUGGGAAGGUACCAGCUGACAGCCAUGGUGGUAGACACAGAAGCAGGACCCUACAAGAACUGUACAGUCUUGUUCCUGGGCUCCACCCGUGGGACCAUCCUCAAGUUCCUAAUGACUCCUAGUGGAGAUUCAGUCUCUCACAGCAGCGUGUUCCUGGAGGAGGUGGAGGGAUUCAAUCCAGAGAAGUGUGGUGAGGACUCUCCUCAGGCUCGUCUGCUCUUGUCCCUGACUUUGGACCGGACCAGUCACACUCUGCUGCUGGCCUUCCCCUCAUGUCUGGUUAGAGUGCCCACAUCUCGCUGCCACCUCCACUCACGCUGCAUGAGAAGCUGUCUGGCUUCCAGGGAUCCGUACUGUGGCUGGACCAAAGGCAGUACCUGCUCCUUCCUGAGACCAGGCACACGGAUUCCUUUCCAACAAGAUGUGGAAUAUGGAAACGCUAGCUCCCAUCUAGGAGACUGUGAUGGAUUUCUGCAGCAAAGUUUAUUGAUAGAACCAGAAAGUUUAGUCUCUCUCAACCUCCUCGUGGCCUCUGCAGUUUCUGCGUUCACCAUCGGGGCAGCGCUGUCUGGACUUGCAGUGUGCUGGAUCAUGGCCCAUAAGCCUGCCAGCCGUCGCCAUGGCGGCGCGUCCCAGUCCUCCAUCCAGCGACGCGAAAGAGGCCUGCUGAGUAAUGCUGGUGGGAUGGCGGGCUCCGUGCUGAGUGUGACACGGCAAGGAGGUGGGGAGCGCUCCUGCUCGCAGGGUGGGGAGACCCUGUUUGUAAUGCCCAAUGGGUGGGUAAAGUCUGGUGAGCUGGACCCUGGGUUCCUGCCCACUCCAGAGCACACACCUCAGCAGAAACGAAGAGGUCUACGACUGUCCGACUCCAACUCUGGAGGCUGGGACACGAGCCAGACGUAUCUAGGGGGAGGUUCUGUGGGUCUGGGUUCGCCCUGUCGCAUGCCUCCCUCCGUCUACCUGACAACGAGACUCUUCCAGCAGGGUGUGGGCGGCAGACACUGUGGUGAUGGCCGUGGAAAUGACACACCACGUCAGCACUACGUCUGCUUGAACAAACAAGAAAAAGAAGGGAAAUGUACACCUAAAGCCCCCCUCAGAAAAUCUGCAGGAGAGUAUGUCUACCCCAUGACGCCCCAGGACUCGCCUGAACGUCGGAGGGUGGUGUCAGCGCCCAGUGCCCCCAUGGAGUACAGCGAGCCUCUGCCUUUGCGUUGGCCAGCCCAGGAAGGAUACAUCCUCAGCAGCCAUGGAAUGGUCCCUGUCCCCCUGCCCCCGCCUAUCAUGCCUCCUCCAAGCAGUCAGGGUUACAUGUCCCAUCAACACACACCCGGACUAAGCCGAGCUCUGCUGAGGGGCGCGCUGGAGCGGGGGGAGCUGGGAGAGCUGGUGGACCUGAGCCAUCUGAUAAGUAAGAAAAACUGCAAUGACAGGACUCAGACCGGCCAGUGACUGUGGAGGAAACGAAGGAGACAGGAUUCUGUCUACGAGUGAAGCUCUUAUUUCCAUAGAUCUCUCCUUUGCUCCUCCAUCCGUCAAUCCCUCUCCCCUUUCCACUCUCUGCUCCCCCCACAUUCAUAUUUCAUUGUCAUCCUGCUCCCACUGUGCUGUCAGUCUCUCAAGCAAAACCUCUUCAACCCAU